AUGACAAGUAAAUGGUUAAUAAUAUCAUUAUAUUUUUACUUAAAUUUUUAUCAAAUUCAAUCACAUGAAUCUUCAUUACAAUGUUGGCGAUGUGAAUUUACAAUUCAAUCAUCUGAACAAGCUGAAGUUUUUUUUGAUAAUUGUGAAGCACAAUUUGAUUUUACACAACAUACACAAGAAGAUUGUACGGGUAAAUGUUGGAAAUCAAUUGAUUUAAUUGAUAUACGACAAUAUGAAAAUAAAACUUAUAAUCAAUUAUUAAUAAAAAAUAAAAAUCAAUCAAAACUUAAAUCAAGUCGUCGAUGUUUUUCAACUGAUGAACUUAUACGAGCUGCUGAAUUAGGUAUAAAUACAUCAGAUGGAUGUCGACAAAAAUAUGAAAUAUCUUAUAAAGCUGAACAAUAG